CAGUCCGGGGUGGUCGUUGGGGCUGCUUACACCUUCUAUAUCCUUCCCUUCCCUUCCCUUCCUCUCCUCUGAGAGAGUUCUGAAGAUUGGGAGGUUAGGUGAGUUACGAGAGAGAGAGAGAGAGAGAGACAGAGCCUGCCCGUUUCUUUCUUCUACCUUGCCCUUCUCUGUCCUCUUCUAUCUUCUUCCUCCUCUUCUUCUUCAUCUCAUCGUCUCUGACCGUAACUCGCGGAUCUUGCCUUACAGACAAAGGUAGCAUAUUUGACUAAAAGGGUUGACGGGAAACAAAGGUAGGAUCGACAGAGAGCUAUGUGAACUAUAGCUCUAUGUUGUUUAUGGCCGAUCUGAGCUUAUAAGCCUUCCCAGUUGACGGGUACUUUCCAAUUAAGGAUUUCUGGGCCGAUUGUCGAGUGAAAAUUGAUUCUUGAUUUGUUUCGAGAAUUCCCCAGUGGGUGCUUCUCUUUCAGAGGUUUGCAAAAGCAGAGGGCUCUGUUUAGUUGGUGUGUUGAGAAUUCAUCAGAGGCUGGAAAUUGUGAUUGAUUGAUUAUGUGUGUGCUAUGCUUGAUAUAUUUGUCAUUGGAAUUUCGGAUAAAAUGCGGAUGUUGUUUGAAUUUAAUCUCUGAUUUAUGUAAUUUGUUCGACUUAUUCUCGUCUAUUUGUCUCUGUUAAUUCUUAAUUUUCUAAAGACUAUCCUCAUUGCUUCAUAGAACUUUACGGUUCGAUUCUGUGGACCCUCUACCAUUUAGAUCCUGAAGCUUCAUUUUUGCCAGCCAUAAAUCAAUUCCGACUUUGCGAACUUGCUCAUCUUUUUUCGAAUUGAGUGAAAGAGAGACCAAAGGGUGGGAUGGGUUCUCUUGGGAAACUUGCCAAAAGGGCCUUGGAGACUGAGAUGCCUGUGAUGGUCCAGAUGCAAGAAUUGAUUCGAGGUGCCAAAAAUGCCAUGUCUUUAGCUCAGGGUGUGGUUCACUGGCAACCACCAAAGCAGGCACUGGACAAAGUGAAAGAGCUUGUCUGGGAACCUUCCGUUAGUCGGUAUGGCGCUGAUGAAGGCAUGCCUGAACUUCGAGCAGCCUUGAUGAAAAAGUUGCAAGAGGAAAAUAAGCUUUAUAAGUCUUCAGUAGUGGUCACUUCCGGGGCAAAUCAGGCAUUCGUGGAUAUUGUUCUUACAUUAUGCGAUGCUGGUGACAAGGUCGUAAUGUUUGCGCCAUACUACUUUAACGCAUACAUGUCCUUCCAGAUGACCGGUGUCACUGACAUAUUGGUGGGCCCUGGUGAUCCCGAGACCCUCUAUCCCGAUGCAGACUGGUUGGAGAAGACAUUAUUGGAAACUAAACCCACACCUAAGCUUGUCACGGUUGUGAAUCCCGGGAACCCGUCUGGGACCUACAUCCCUGAGCCUCUUCUUAAGAAGAUUUCCGAUGUCUGCAAAGAGGCUGGCUCAUGGCUCGUUGUUGAUAAUACAUACGAGUACUUUAUGUAUGACGGUCUAAAACACGCAUGUAUAGAGGGAGAUCACAUUGUCAACAUUUUUUCCUUCUCAAAGGCAUACGGAAUGAUGGGAUGGCGAGUUGGAUAUAUAGCGUAUCCAUCUGAAGUAGAAGGCUUCUAUGCGCAGCUCCUCAAGGUCCAAGACAACAUACCAAUUUGUGCCUCCAUCAUCUCCCAACAUCUCGCCCUCUACUCGCUCGAGGUGGGGCCUGAGUGGGUGAGGGAGCGCGUGGACUCACUUGUCAAGAACCGGGAGAUUGUCCUCGAGGCCCUGUCCCCGCUUGGAGAAAAUUCUGUCAAGGGAGGAGAGGGCGCAAUCUACUUGUGGGCCAAACUCCCCGACAAGUACGUCAAUGACUUUGAGGUCGUGCGCUGGCUCGCUAACAAACACGGGGUGGCUGUCAUUCCAGGAAGUGCAUGUGGGUGUCCUGGGAAUUUGAGGAUCUCAUUCGGAGGGUUAAUGGAGAGUGAUUGUCGGGCUGCGGCAGGGAGGCUCAAGGGAGGGCUGGAGGAGUUGGUCAAGGAAGGAAUGGUGCCAUGAGUUUGUAAUCAUUUCUUGUGACAGACCGCGCCAUAUUGGGCCGGGAAUACAUUUAUAUAUGGAGCCCAAAUGGGGCCCAAUUGAUGAGUUGAUGGGCUACAGGAAUCUUAACAUUGAUUUCAGUCAUUGUAUAUAUGUAAAGGAAAGAAAUUUGCAAUACUGAUCGUAAUGUUUAUGCAAAUCUCAAGAACAGUACUUAAAAGUUUUGUGCUGUGAUAUUUCACGUUUUUUAAUACCAUU